GAGGGAUAUUGAACGCUUCCUUAGAGGCUUCGGCAAGAUCGUUGAGAUUAGCCUCAAGAACGGGUAUGCAUUUGUGGAGCUUGAAGAUGGCCGGGAUGCGGAUAGUGCCGUGUACGAGCUGAACGGCCGCGACCUGUGUGGGGACCCGGUGGUGGUGGAACACGCCCGGGGGCGGCCGGGAGGUAGACUCACCGCUUCCUGCCCUGGAGUAGAGAAAACAACUCGCGCCUGUGUUUUUCCUCGAGUGCAGUUAAAAGUCUACUGAAAAUGCAUUGUUUAUACUGCUGAACUGUGUUGAUGAGCGGUUGUUUUUAAAUGUACAUUACAUAUAUAUUGCAAAUGCCUUACACAGUACUUUGUUAUAUUUUAUGGAAAUGUAUGUUUUGCAUUUUAAAGUGUUUCUGAUGUUCUUAAGACCACGGGUUAUUUCAAUAUUGGAUCUGUUAUUUAGAAGUAACAACUAAAUAUUUAACAAUGGUCUAUUGCCUAGUUAAUAUUUAUAUCCGAGUUAACUCAUGCGGUGGUUCCUUGCAAACACUGCAAAUGAUUAAUUAUAGCUUUAAUAUGAUCUUACAUAACCCGUCAUCCAGUCUACUUAAAUAAUUUACCCGUGCUCUUGAGCUUUUCUAUGAAUUGUUGAAUGUUUUCUCUUUAAACUUAACCACCGAUUUAACAAAGUCGUCAAUGUUUUGAAUCAAGAAUCUCUAAGAUGCCUGUUCCAAUGGCCAUGGCCUUACCUUACCAACCAACCAACCAACCGCACCAACCCAUCCACUCCGUACCGUACCAACCUACCCGUUCCAUUCCCAUGGCCCUUGGCUGCCCUUGCCGGAGCCUCCUCCUGCGGCCUCACUUGCCUUUAGACCCGGUUGGUGCUUCUUCAAUUUUCGGAGGACGCUCCGGACUCUACAGGCCUCCAAUCCGCACCGAGUACCGGCUCGUAGUGGAGAACCUCUCCACCCGCUGCGAUGCAGAACAGCUGAAGGACUCGCUGCGCCGUGCUGGCGAGGUGAUGUAUGGCGAAGCGCACGUGGAGCGAGAUAAUGAGGGCUUUGUGGAGUUCCGCACGUUUGUGGACAUGAAGCGAGCUCUGGACGAGCUUGACGGCAUGGAGCUCUUUGGCCGCAAGCUCAAGCUGAGGGAGGAGCGCUCCAACAGGACGCUGCGCGCUAAACGCCGCAGUCGAUCGAGGUCACGCUCGAGAAACCGCCGCCGAAGGCUGAACCGGGCAAAACGUUCGCGAAGCAGGAGUGGCAGAAGGGCGCGACGACGCAGCCGCACACGCAGCCGAUCCAGGACUCGUUCACCGGCAAAGCGUAAACGAGGCAGGGACAGCAGGUCCCAUUCACGGUCUCGCAGAAAGAAAAGUCGCUCGCGCAGCCGCUCUGUGUCUGCCGGUAAAACAAACGGCAGGAACGGCGGGAAGCGGUCGACAUCCAGGUCUCGAACAAAAUCUCGGUCUCGGUCCAGGUCUCGCAAGAGGGUCAGGCGAUCGCGUUCCCGCUCCAAGUCGAGGUCUCCUAGACGCGCAAAGAAUGUGCGCUCUCGCUCCAAGUCGAGAUCUCCCAAGCGGGCGAAGAACGCCAGGUCCCGAUCCAGGUCCGCGUCCGCCAAGGGAAGGAAGUAUAGCAAGUCACGCUCGAGGUCUCCAUCCCCAAAGGCCAGGAAAUACUCGAGGUCCCAUUCUCGGUCGAGGUCUCCCAAGGGAAGGAAAACCAGCAGGUCUCGCUCCAGGUCUGUGUCUCCCAAGAAAAGGAAAAAUAGUAAGUCUCGCUCGAGGUCUCGAUCUCUCAGAGGACGGAAGAACAUCAGGUCUCGUUCUCGGUCGAGGUCUGCCAAGGGAAGGAAAAACAGUAGAUCUCGCUCCAGGUCUAGAUCUCUCAAGGGAAUGAAGAAGAAGGUUAGAUCUCGCUCCAGGUCUCCCAAGAGAGGAAGAAAUGCCAGGUCUCGCUCCAGAUCUGUAUCUCCUCCUAAGGCACGGAAGAUUGCCAGGUCUCGCUCGAGGUCUAGAUCUCCCAAAGCAAGGAAGAACGUGAGGUCUAGUUCUAGGUCAAAGUCUCCCAAAGGAAGGAAAAACAGCAGGUCUCGUUCCAGGUCUCUAAAGGCAAAGAAAAAAGUCGCAUCUCGUUCUCGGUCACGGUCUCCUAAGAGAGGGAAGAAUGACAGAUCUCGCUCCAGGUCUCUCAAGGGAAAGAGAGACAGCAGAUCUCGCUCCAGGUCUCUCAAGGGAAAGAGAAACAGCAAAUCUCGUUCCAGAUCAGGAUCUCCUAAGGGUAGAAAGAACACCAGGUCUCGCUCUGGUUCCAGGUCACCCGAGGGAAAGAAAGACAGCCCAUCUCGCUCUAGGUCUCGAUCUCCGAAGGAAAAGGAAAAGAUGAAGCCUCUCUCAAAAUCCAAGUCGCCAUCACCGUCGAGGCAGAGGUCUCGGUCUCGCUCCGCGUCUCAGACAAGGUCAAAGUCGAGGUCUCCCUCCUGCCCGAAACCUGCCUCCAACUCGAGCUGCCCCACGACCGCUAAACAUUAGAAACAAUUGUUGGGUUUCUUACAUUGGAUUUUUGAAGGGGUGUUAAAGGGGGUGUUUGUAAUUAUUAUUAUCAAAAACAUUUUUACCGUUUCACUUCACAGGUUAACACUGGCAUUCGUAUGAAUGAGGUAGUAAUCCAUUUAUAGUGAACUCCUUAUUUUUAAUAGAUGUUUGAUUUGUCUGCAUUGAGCCCCUCAUGCUUUUGUGAAUUGUUUUUUUUUCCCCCAUAAGGCAAUCAUUUCCGUAGGAGCUUGGUUUGUUGCUGUGUUAAUGAACAAUCUUCAAAAAUGACGACUCCAGGGUUGCAAUAGAUGGCAACAGGGUAAUACAAGCAUGCAUUCUUUCUUGGCUGUGAUGUGUGCCCUCUUCGUUCCUGUGAAAGGUGAAAAUUAUAGUAAGCUGCCAGUAAGUCACGAAAUUGUGAUGUUAUAAGGCAGUCCUUUCACUCGCCCAAUUGACAACGAGCAGACAUUUUUGAGUGAAUGGCCAUGACGUGUUUUUUUCGGUACAUAUGUAUGUUGAACUUCUUUUGCACUGUACGUAGCCAAUCGUGCUCAUCGGACGUGCAGGGGAAGGACAAAAAACUAAACAUAAGAACAGUUCUAAAAAAAUUGUUUUGAAUUUAGAUUUAAAAGUCCAUAGAUCCAGUGGCUUCCUCUUAUUGGAAGGAAGAGUGUUCCAGACGGCCGUGAAAGCGCGCAAUGCAGCAACCGUCUUUGUUAGAUGGUUAGACAAACUCCACUGCAAGGAUACACAGAACAUAGUAUAAUGUGCCAUGCACAUUUCUGCAUUAAAUUUAUUGUACAAUUGAUGCUAUGUCCACCUUGCUAAAUGAGAGCUGUGUGGAGUACUUAACCAGGCAUAUUGCAAUCUUGGAAUUCCUUGUUGCCAAGAAGAUAAUUAUUGAUUUGUAUUACAGUAAAUUACACCCUUUGCUGUAUACUUCAUUAUUAAAAAAAAUAAACCGCCUCCACGUGGAAUACAUG